UCCCCCUGCCCUGUCCCAGCGCCUCCUGGGACACCAACACCCACCAUGGUCCCCUCCUCCCCAUUGUGGUCCAUCACUGUCCCCUCCUCUCCGUCACCAUCCCAGCCCCUCCUGGGACACCGUCCCCCAUGGUCCCCUCCUCUCCAUCGUGGUCCAUCACCAGCCCCCAUUCUCCAUCACAGUCCCCUCCUCUCCAUCACAGUCCCUCCUGGGACCCCGUUCUCCGUCAUGGUCCUCUCUUCUCCAUCAUGGUCCCCCACUGUCCAUCACCAUCCCCCCUAGGACCCUGUUCUCCCAUAGUGGUCCCCUCCUCUCCAUCAUGGUCCAUUACAGUCCCCUCCUCUCCAUCACUGUUCCUCCUGGGGCCCCAUUCUCCAUCAUGGUCCCCCCUAGGCCACCGUCAUCCAUCACAGUCCCUCCUGUGACACCGAUCUCCUUUGUGGUCCCCUCUUCUCCAUCACGAUCCCUCCUGGGACCCCGUUGUCCAUCAUGGUCCCCUCUUGUCCAUCACCAUCCCUCCUGGGACCCUGUUCUCCAUCACGGUCCCCUCUUGUCCAUCACCAUCCCUUCUUGUCCAUCAUGGUCCCUCCUGGGACCGCUCUUGUCCAUCACGGUCCCUUCCUCUCCAUCACGGUCCCUCCUGGGACCCUGUUAUCCAUUGCCGUCCCUUGUUUUCCAUCACGGUCCCCUCCUCUCCAUCGCUGUCCCCUCUCGUCCAUCACCAUCCCUCCUGGGACCCCGUUCUCCAUCAUGGUCCCCUCUUGUCCAUCACCAUCCCUUCUUGUCCAGCACGGUCCCUCCUGGGACCCCUCUUGUCCAUCACGGUCCCUCCUGGGACCGCUCUUGUCCAUCACGGUCCCCUCUUGUCCAUCACCAUCCCUUCUUGUCCAGCACGGUCCCUCCUGGGACCCCUCUUGUCCAUCACGGUCCCUCCUGGGACCGCUCUUGUCCAUCACGGUCCCCUCUUGUCCAUCACCAUCCCUUCUUGUCCAGCACGGUCCCUCCUGGGACCCCUCUUGUCCAUCACGGUCCCUCCUGGGACCGCUCUUGUCCAUCACGGUCCCCUCUUGUCCAUCACCAUCCCUUCUUGUCCAGCACGGUCCCUCCUGGGACCCCUCUUGUCCAUCACGGUCCCUCCUGGGACCGCUCUUGUCCAUCACGGUCCCCUCUUGUCCAUCACCAUCCCUUCUUGUCCAGCACGGUCCCUCCUGGGACCCCUCUUGUCCAUCACGGUCCCUCCUGGGACCGCUCUUGUCCAUCACGGUCCCCUCUUGUCCAUCACCAUCCCUUCUUGUCACCAACACCCACCAUGGACCCUGUUCUCCCAUAG